UCGGCAUCGUUAUGUGUAGGGUUCAAGUCCUAAUUUUUUCACAAUCCAGAGUAUUCACCUGUUGAGAGAGGCGAUUCAGGUUGCAAUUUAGUUGGCUGGAAUAUUUGGGAAUGGGGAUUUAAUUUUUGUAUUCAAGUCCAAAGACCUGGCCGAGGAUGAAUGAAGAGGGAUUUGAAGAAUGGGACGCAGAUUUCUUGGACCAACUCAUCCAAGUAGAAGAGCUAGCCCUCACCUCCUCCUCCUCCUCCUCAGCGGCUAACCAAAACCCUAAGCCUUCUCAGCAGUUCGUCCAAGUAGAACAGCAAGAACCGCUUCGUCCUGUGGCGGCUCCUUCCCACUACGAUUCCGUAAUCAGUUACUCCCCUCCGCGUGAGCUCUCUCAGAGGACUUCCCAUGACGAUCCUUUUACUCGCUUCUCCAAUUCGUCGUCUUCGCUUCUCCGUUCCCUAAACGACAAAGAGCUCGAAAUCGAAAGGUUGAAGAGGGAGCUGGGACAUGCGUCGAAGCAUCUUACAGACCUGGAACAUGAAUGCCUUGAACUAAGGAAGGAAAGAGGCAAAAAUGAGGAGCAGAUUCAAUGUGUAUUUCCCAAGAAAGUAGUAAAAGAUGUUGAUGUCCAUUCCUCAAAGAGUACAAACUUUGGCAGGGAAUGUGGAGGUCUUGCUAGGGAUCAUCAUGCAGUUCCACAAAAUUUUCAGAAUUCAAUAUUGUCAAAGGAUCAGGCUGGCUCUUGGGUUGAUAGAGCUAUGCCAACCUAUAAAGCCAUUGGAGUUCAGACGGAGUGUGAUCCUGAUGAUCCACUUGUUUGUCUUACUCUCUCUGAGAAGUUGUUAGCCAUCUGGGGCUCUCCAAACUGCCGAAAUAUCAGAAUAAAUUUGAUUACCAAGUUGCUUGUGAUGUGUCAGACAGAUUUUCAUGUCCUUUUUGGGUUCAUGAGCAUGAACGUUUCAAAAUUGGCAGUGGACUCACUCAAAGAUGGAAGUUCUGAUGUAGCUUUAAAGUUCCAUAUGCACACUUUUCAUACAUCAGAAGCUGCAAAAGUGUCUCGUCUCUACUCUGUGUUGACUAAGAUCAGUAAUGGAGGCGUACGGUUGGAGGCUUUGUUUGAACCAUUGCUUGAUCUCUGUACUCUAGAAAAUGUUGUCAUUGUUCAUAGAUCUCUACAUAUAUUGCAUGUCUUUUUGAAGCACCUCUUGAGUUUGGAAAGGAAGUUCGAAAGAAGGGACAAUGUGAUUGUUGAAGGACUUUGCUCUGGGAACAACAUUGUGGAUUCUCAUGGAUUUGAUAGAGGCCUGUGCCGUGUGAGCAGAAAUGAAAUAUUUUAUUCAGACUCCACUCCACUUGGGAAUAUAUUACCUGAUGCCAGAAUUCCAUGCAUGGAGACCUGUAAUCAUGAUACUGCUAUUUCAGUUUCUCAUGUAGACUGGGUUUCUCUAGUUGAAUUUUUGCAUCAAAUUGUCAUGAGGAAUACUGAAGAAUGUGUGAACCUAGAGGCAGUCUCAGUCAUGAAUAUGAUUAUAACAAAGUCUAUUGCUUAUAUUGAGAGGGAAAAGUUUGGCCUGACAAUGGUGUUUGAAAGUCUUUCACAAUUGCUGAGAAAGGAAGCUGGCUUGCGAGUGCAAAAGGAUGCUGUGCAUCUUCUACAUCUGUUGCUAAACUGUCCAAAAAUAUUGGUGAUAUUCUGCUCUGGCUGUGAGGAUGGCGAGGGUGCUGCUCCUGUUGAUGGUAAUGUGAGACCUCAGAAAUUCAUUGAGGUUCUUCGAGGCUUGGCAGAUUGUUUAGCGUGCAGUGGAAAUGGAAUACUGGAGUUGACUCUCCGUAGAGAUGCCAUUAUUGUGUUGGCCUUCUUAGCCUCAUCCGGAAAACAUGGCUUUGAAAUUCUCACAAGUCUCCAGCUUUACAGAGAAGCAAGCUUUCUUAUGUUAACAUUGAGAGUGCUUGUAUCAGAGAUGGACAUUGAAGCAUCAGUUUGUGUUGGACCCCCAGAAAUUUCUAAAGAGAGGACCUUGCUCAUCCGGGAGGUGCUUAUAUUACUUAACAGAAUUGUGUCCCAUCCUACAUAUUCAAUUACUGCAUUGCGAGCGUUAACAAAUAGCAGGGAUAUUGCCAGCUUGUCCAUUGACAUUGCCAAUAGGUUGUCCAGGAAGGAUCAGAGACAUGGGCAGACUGACAUCCUGACUAGACAGAUGAGGGAAUCUGAAAUUGUUAAUUUAGCUCGAGUAUUCAAGAGAAGGGUAUUCACAUAUUUAGGAGAUAACGUUUCGUAGAGAAAUCCUUCCCAUGGCGGAUAAUUUUGUUUAAUCCGUGCAUAUCAGCAUCAUGUAAGAAUAGCUGCCAGGAAACUGCAUAGAUGGGGAGCUAGCCCUAAUUUCAUUUUAUCCUCAUUUUUUUUUCCAACAUUUUUUGGGUGAUGACCAUAAGAUUGGCCUCUUAUCUGAAAAAUUUUGAGCAGCCACCUCAGCUUAUCACAGGCCAGAAAAUUUUGGACGAGCUUGAGAGUUUAUUAUGAAGAUGAUGUCUUAUACAAAAAAGGUUUCUGCUAUUAGCAGAUCCCAGUUUCUGCUAUACAAAAAAUUUGCCCUAUAUUUUGAGCUUCUGUAGGACAUCUGUAUGUAUUACUCUGGCCUAUUCAUCUCUGACUACCAUACUUUGAAUAUCGCUAGACCGGAAGUUUUGUUCGACUUUUUUUA